AUGGACUUUCGUAGUGACGCUCUACAGGGAAAAGUGGCAGUGAUAACUGGUGCGAGCCGCGGCAUCGGUGCCGCCAUCGCCGAGUGCUUCCUCGAGGCCGGUGUCCAGGGUUUGGCGCUCAUUAGUCGUACGCCAAGCGAGUUUGUGACUCAGUUGCGGAAACGAGCGGAAUCUCGCGGCACAAAAGUGGGUUUCUAUUCACUGAACCUGGCCGACACGGAAGCCGUGGAGCGAACAGCGCGACAGAUCGUACAGGACUGGGAACACGUUGACAUUCUUGUGAACAACGCGGGGAUAGCGCUCCUGAACCCCUUGACAGAGCUGAGCACCGUGGACUGGGAUCUCACCAUGACCGUGAAUGUGCGUGCGCCUUUUCUGCUCUCGCGGAUAUUCGUUCGGGAGUCAAUGAUCCCGCGAGGCGCAGGAGGCAAGAUCAUCCAUAUCAGUUCGGUAGCGGCAUUCGGCGGUGUACCAGAGCACGCGGCCUAUUGUGCAUCCAAGGCAGCGCUCAACUCGCUGACAAAGACCAUGGCCGUAGAAUGGGGUCCAUACGGAAUUCAAUGCAAUGUCGUAUGCCCGUCAAUCAUUAUGACGGACAUGGGACGCCAAGUUUGGGAAGAUCCCGAGAAACACGGCCCGGUACUGGCGCGGGUACCGAUCGGACGUUUUGCCAACCCGCCAGAAAUUGCUCGGGUGGUGCUCUUUCUCGCCAGUCCUGAAAACUGUGUGGUGAACGGGCAGUGUAUUGCUCCGGAUGGUGGGUACACCGCUGGCCUCUGA